CAGAUCAGUGCCUCAGGUCUGCAGCAGCUCGCAGGGCAAGAGUUCACCGGUCUGUCGCUAACCUACCCGGGGAGUUUCUCUCAGUUUGAUGAGAGAGCUUCACCGAGUUUAUAGCUGAACACAUGUGAUCUAGGAAGGAGUCGCUGUCCGCAACACAACUCCACACUUUCCCCAUGGAUAUAAGUUAAAGCCUCUGAAGAACACCGGAUAAGUUACAGGCGGAGGUUUCCCUCACUUUAAGGACGGACGGCAGCGGCGAUGCCCGUUUAACCGGAGGAAGAUUCCUGACGGUGUUUGAGAGAGAGCGUGAGAGCGGCCCGAGACAUGAUGUCCAUUGGAGCUGAUAGCUGACACUGUAGCAUGAGAGAGGAUGGAACAGACAGACAACCCUGCCCCUGAGAGCAACAACCCUAAUGGGUUUGUCAACCGAGUGUUUAGUGUUUCUCUGGAUGUGGAGAAUGAGACGAGCAGUGUUUAUAUUCAGGAGCCUGGGCCAGUGCCUGCGGAGGGGCAGGGAGGGACCCAAGCUGCCUCUUCUCAGUCCCCUGUCAAGGACAGACAGGAGGUCAACCGGAGGCCCCGUGCCCCGGGCGGCAUCUGGAAAAUCUUGAAUCGAAAGAGAGCUAUGUCCGAGCUGGAGAGGCGACCCCACUCCAUGAUCUUGCCCGGGGAGGCUUCCAUCCCUAAACUCUCAUUUGCUGACAAAGUUCGCUCCUUCAAGAAGCUCAAGUCGCCCUCUGUGUUCAGGGGCAAGGCAGGGAAACUGUCAACAGCAAAGUUCAGCAGCUCGUUGGUUGACGAGGAGUCUUUCUGUGGGGACAUUGGCACUCCACAGCAGUCCAGUAGGGGCCCGCUACGACACCGUGGCAAGCGGCACUCGUAUGCUGGCUACACUGCCGAAUUUGACUGCUCGUUUGAAGAUAUUGACUUCUCAGCUACUUUGGACAGCCAUCAGCCCACUGUGACAGGAGAGGCUGUGACUCAGAAUGGUUGUAAAUCAUCUGAAAGAGUUUCCUAUACCAAAAGAAGCCACAACAAUUCAAACAACUGUAACAAAACAGCUUCAGGCUAUGAAGAGCCCAGCAUCAAGGGGAGCCUGCGCAACCACCAGGGGAGAGGGAGGAGGCACAAAGAUGUGUGGAGUUACCUGAGGAGGAUUUCUCUUUUGGGGAAGGCCAACCCCGUUUACUCAGAGAGCUUUGACUCUGAACUCCCCUCUCUGGACAAAACCAUGGACUCAGACUAUGGCUCUGUAGACUUUGAGAUUGUCAGAGACUGUCAACCUCCGCCCCCGAAACACUCCGACACCAAGGGGCACUUUGGUGGCCUGUUCAAGUUUUUCAACAGCGUAGCAGAGACGGCCAGAAAAUGGCGGACGACAUCUCGUUCCUUUUCGCCUCCAGAGGGAGAGACGACUCCGAUGAGCUCCCCGAGGGCUCCACAGCGCACAGUGGACAACAUUCACAGUGUGUCCCUGACACUUCACAGCGAAGGGCUUCCAACAUCCCAGCCUAACCCGUCGUCACCAGUGAACAUUAAAUCCUUACACUCCAGUUGCUUUGAAAGCGAGGCUACAGUGCCUGCGACAGGGGGACGAUCCCCUAAGGUGGUCCUGAAAGCCUUUAGGGCAUGCCCAAGAUCUCAAGCUGUCAAUGGCCUCCAGAGCUCUGAGGGUACAGACAAACAUAUAGAUGGAGAGGCAAACCACACGUCCACAGCCAUAGUAGAGAAUCACAUCCAUCAGUCAUGUCCAAACACAGAGUCUAAAGACGUAACAGGGGUUAAAAGAGAUCCAUUACCCUGUCUCUGUCAAGAGGGAAAGGUAGAGGGACAGACAGGAAAUGAGCAGGAUUCCAAGGAUGCUCCACCUGACUCCCACCAGAUACAGGAAGUGAAUGUGAAAUCACAACAAGGUGAUAAAGAGAGUACAACCAAUAGCGUGCCCGCAUCAGAUUCCACAGAGGAAAUAUUUAAGGCCUUGUCUCGCCCCCCGGGUGUGUCACCAUUAGAGCCCCCACUUCGGGCAUCUCUCCAGCGGUGCAGCUCCCUGCCGCUUUCCCCCAGCACACUCGCGGCCUUGGCGCGGCUCCUGCCUCACUCAGAUAUGGGUCAGUUGUCAUCGUCGGUGCGUUUGCGGUCUGGAGACUCCGGGAGCUGCAGGAGGAGGAGGCUGUUGAGACCUGGCUCAGAACCACUGCAGGUCAACAUAUUGAUAAGUGGAGGUUCAAUCGUCAAUGCUGAGGCGGUAUGGGACCAUGUGACCAUGGCGGACCGGGAGUUGGCGUUUAAGGCCGGUGACGUCAUCAAGGUGCUGGAUGCCUCCAACAAGGACUGGUGGUGGGGCCAGAUUGAUGAGGAGGAAGGAUGGUUCCCUGCCAGCUUUGUACGGGUGGAACCCCACCCUCCUCAGCCCCAAACAAAACAGGUUUUCUAUAUCAACCCCAUAGCAACUCCACGGUUCCAAAACACCACGUCAAAGCUGUGGGUGAACCAGGAGGACGGGGGAGCGGAGCCAUCUGAGGGGACCAGUGAGGUGCAGAACGGGCACCUGGACCCGACCAAUGACUGCCUGUGUCUGGGCUCGCCUCUCCAGAACCGAGACCAGAUGAGAGCCAACGUCAUCAAUGAGAUCAUGAGCACAGAGAGACACUACAUCAAACACCUCAAGGACAUCUGUGAGGGCUACCUGCGCCAGUGCAGGAAGCGCGUGGACAUGUUCAACGACGACCAGCUGAAGGUCAUCUUUGGCAACAUCGAGGACAUUUACCGCUUCCAGAUGGGCUUCGUCAGAGACCUGGAGAAACAGUACAACACGGAGGACCCGCACCUCUCUGAAAUCGGACCAUGCUUUUUAGAACAUCAAGAUGGUUUUUGGAUCUAUUCAGAGUACUGCAACAACCACUUGGACGCCUGUAUGGAGCUGAGCAAACUGAUGAGGGAUGGCAGGUACCAGCACUUCUUCGAGGCCUGUCGCCUCCUCCAGCAAAUGAUUGACAUCGCCAUAGACGGCUUCCUGCUCACCCCUGUCCAGAAAAUCUGCAAAUAUCCACUCCAGUUGGCCGAGCUGCUCAAAUACACCGCACAGGAGCACAGUGACUAUCGAUACGUGGCAGCAGCCCUGGCAGUAAUGCGGAACGUCACUCAGCAGAUCAACGAGAGGAAGAGGAGGCUGGAGAAUAUUGACAAAAUCGCCCAGUGGCAAGCUUCUGUUCUGGACUGGGAGGGAGAUGAUAUCUUGGACAGGAGCUCGGAGCUCAUCUACACAGGGGAGUUGUCAUGGAUCUAUCAGCCGUAUGGACGCAGCCAGCAGCGAGUCUUCUUCCUCUUUGAUCACCAGCUGGUCCUCUGUAAGAAGGACUUGAUACGCAGGGAUAUCCUGUACUAUAAGGGCCGCAUUGACAUGGACCGCUACGAGGUGCGGGACGCCUUAGACGGGCGCGACGACGACUUCAACGUCAGCGUGAAGAACGCCUUCAAGUUGUGCAACAAAGACAGCGAGGAGAUCCACAUCUUCCUGUCCAAGAAGCCGGAGGAGAAGAUCCGCUGGCUCAGGGCCUUCCACGAGGAGAGGAAGAUGGUGCAGGAGGACGAGAAAAUCGGUUUCGAGAUCUCUGAGUACCAGAAGCGGCAGGCGGCCAUGACAGUGAGAAAGGUGACUAAACAGAAAGGUGUAAACAGGUGCACGCCCCCCUCAUACCCGCCCCCGCAGGACCCCCUCAGUGCAGGGCAGUAUGAGGUAACGGAGGACAUGGCACAAGGAGAGGUUUUUGAAUUCAGUCAAUCCAAAAGAGGCCAGGCUCCCUUCUGGCAGAAUUUUAGUAGAUUAGCUCCAUUUAAGAAAUAGAGAUACACAGACUCUUCUGAAGGACCAGCUAUUUUUCUUAGAAGCACUAAACACUGGAUGAUCAUGUCCCAUGAUGAGGAAAAAUACGAAACACACACACACACCCAAACACAAGAGACUCCGAAGUUAAGGACCAAUGUUAAUAUAGAGUGUGAUCUGAAGCAGCAAGAGGACUGAAGACUUGGAAUGAAAACAUUGAGGAAAAAAAUAAACUCAGUUCAUCAUAUAUGUUAGUAAGGUUCUUAGUUAUCAUGCUUCUCCAGUUGAGUCAACUGUCAUGAACUCCUUCCCUCGGAUUCUGCAUUGUUCACACCAUCUGAAUGUCCUGGAGUUAUUAAGAUUGUUAUACUGUAUGAUUUCAUUUUGAAUCCAUCAUCUGGAAAGAAACACAAGGCCGAGCCAGGUCAUUCCUAAUGGUAUGAUUGUUUCCACAAAAGCUGAGAUCUUGCUGUGCUGCUAUGUGAGAUUACUUGUUGCAUUCUCCUGAAUGUGAGACUGGACAAUGAUGGGCCUCAGCUCCUGGCUGUGGCGUACGACGGGACCUGUGAAGCUCGACUGUCAGCGCGUUAGAACCAGCAGACAGUCAGGCCAUCUCUGCUCCGCUGAUGUCUGCGUCCGGAUCUCCUCCUCACUCUCGACGCUCCAUACUCACUUCCUCUAGCCGUCUGCAUACACAGUCGUAGCCCUCUGACGUCAGCGUCGCCCUCCCUCUUUGCAUCCCUCUCUAUCUCUCUACCCACCUGCUCGGCCUCUGUGAGUCAGUGGCUCUCAGAGGAAGAGCCUCGCUUUCUUGGAAGCUCGCCAUUGGCUGUGAUAUGAUGGGUCAGGGAACAAAUCAAUAGUCAGAACAUCAAUAGAAUAUUUACAUCCUUUCACCAACCAAUUCUGACAGGGUAUUCAUAUCCAAUCACGCCGAGGGGGCUGUGGGGUUGCGCUUGCCACUCUGAUGAAACAGCUGGGAGCUGGAGAUAGGCACGCUACGCUCCACCUGCCUCGUGUCAGAGCCCCCCCUCUCCCCCCCCACUCUCCCCAGAGACCACCCCUGUAGCACUGUGCUGGCAGCUCACUGGGUGUUCGGAAAGAGCGUGGCCUACCUCCGGAAAUCCACCGAGAACUAAAAGUGACGUUGAUGCAUUGGCCAAGGUCUAAAACGAUCUCUCUUUUUCAUGUCAGCUGUUAAAAAAACAGACUUCUUCUUCUUCUUCAGUUGACUUUAUUAUUUUGUAUUGCUCACACUGUAAAAAGCACAGCACAUAUUCAGUCUGAGAAGUACUUUAGCAGGGGCAAUGCCACAGCGUGACAAAGUAGAACAGCGUUCUGUCCAGCACAAGGGGAAACGGUCAGAGAAAAAUGGCAGAAAGUUUAAAUGAACAGAACGACAGCGUGAGUCGUGAGCCAGUGCUGCAAAAAAGUGCACUGCAGAAGCGUUAGCCGAAACCGUAGGGAGGCAGAAAGGUGAAUUCAAUCUGUAGCACGCAGGUGUCGUCUGACAGAUUCAUGAAUCUCCGAAGACUGCAGCUUCAAAUCUUGGCACUCUUCCUCCGCCGCCACGUUUGUUUUCCAGAUCUGAUCCGUGUUCUGGCGGUUAGCUGCGGCUCUCGCUAAGUGAUUUACAAAGGACUGUGGCCCGAGAUGAGAUUGAUCUGUUUAAUCAACAAAAAGCUGCUGCGAGAGAGAGAGAGAGGGCUCCUGCCACAGAGUCCGUCAACGGGGGAGUUAGAAAGAGAAGAUGGACUGAGGAGAAACUACCAAUUCACACACAACAUGAAGGUGUAUUCUUUUCUACAGUUGGAAUGUAAGUGAAACAAACGCCUGUCCACGAUUUGUGAUCAUACUUUGACCUCAGACACAGACGUACACUUUGUGUUGAAUUAUUAUCACCCUGCGGACAGUACAUAUACAGUUUGACAACUUGUGCGAUGUGAUAUAUCAUUAUAUAUCUUCACUAUUCACUACAACGUGAUAUGAAAGAGUUAUAUAUCGUUCUAUGUCAUUUGUUUGCCUUCUUACAGGCCUUAUAACCUAUUGGAAAAAAAAGACCUUCGAACUUGCUUUGUAUGUUGUGUAAUUUAUGUUUUGUUUCAGUAAAGAAAGUUGAGAAACGGGUGAGUUGGCUGCUGGUGUCUGUAGAGAUGGCUCCCAGUGAGAUCGUUUUUUUUUCUUUUCUUUGGAAGAUAACUCCCGCGUCUGGCACAGCAAAAAGAUAUGGUUCCCAGGCCAUGAUAACCUCAGGUCCAGUGCUACGCCCCGCCUGCCCACCCCCAUCGCCACGCUCCCCCAACCCCCCCGACUCCACGCCACCGCCAGUACCAACAUUCAGACACAAGCAUGCAGGCACGCACACACACACACACACACACACACACACACACACACACACACACACACAAACACAUAAUCAUGCACAUACUUGCUGGCCCGUUCUGCUGCGGAGAAGAGAGAUGCUAUCUAACAGUGCCUUCCAGCAUUCCACUAGUGAUUAUCUAUUCAGUUUCACAGGCAGAUUUGAAUUAGUCAUGUAUUUUCCCUUCAGUGUGGGACUUGCAUCUCUCACUCUCUCUCUCUCUCUCUCUCUCUCUCUCUCUUUCUCAUACACACUGGGAAUCCCUGAAUCACUUAAGAGGUCAGGCCUUUUCCAUACGAGUAGAUACUGUGCUGUCUGACUAAAUCACUUAAAAACACCAUAUUAUAUAUUAUGUCACACUUACAUUGCCGUAGUUUUAUUGCACACUUUAAAAAAAAGACUUAUUUCAGAUGUUUAGAUAAUACAUAGAGUUCCUUUAUCUAUUUAACAUGCUGAGAGAUGAUUUAAUUUCAAUAUAUAUAUAUAUAUAUGUAGGAAACGAGAAAUUCAUUAGUUCACAUUUCAAAGUAUAUUAUUAACGAGUGAGUUAUAAAUCAAAAAGAAGAGUCAUCUAUUUUACCUUUAUCGGCUACACACUGUAAAUACUGUAAAAAGGACAGAUCAUAUAUUUGGAUAUUGGUAUUUUGCGUUGGAGACGAAUGUUGUUCCAGUUCUAGCGUGCGGUAGACCUCAGUACCAGGUAAAUGCAUGCUUGUGGCAUCCAAUAUUUUGCAUGAGACUUAAGACAACUCUUAGCAGAUUGUUUAGUUUCAUUUGACUCCCAAUGGGGUUUCUGUUUUCUUUUAUGCACCACAACGCAGAACCGUUCAUUUGUGAAGCCACGCCAUCUCACUGAAGGGAGUUCUUUUCUCUGUCCACCUGUCUCCUGCUCACAUCGCGUCGCAGGUCGUAGCUUCUGUUUUUAUUUAUUGCCGAGGAGAGGAGAUGUCCUCCCCUCGUCAAAGACUGAACUGUCGAUAGGUGAUGUGAAAGGCACUGAUGCUCUCUUUGCCCAGAUAUAAUGGGUACUAUAUAAACUGUAACAUUGUUUUAAACCUUUUAUUAUUUCUUUUUUUUUUUCUUUGACUUCAACCUAUGCUGUCAUGGUCCAACCUGCUGGUUAUUUUCUUUUAGAAUGCCAUUAACUGCUGAGGCAAAAAAAAACGGGUAUAAUUUUUCUAUGACAACAGUGAGCCAAAUAGGCGUAAACACCGAUCACGGGUGUUUGUGUAUAGAUUUGUAGUCGAGCAGAAGAGAUGAAUAAAUGCGAAAAACCUCUCGGGAUGAUCUAAAAAUAUACGUAAUCCUGAAGUCACACACACAUACACACACACGCACACACACAGUACUGCAUUGCAAUUCAUAUCAUGCUUUGUUUCAAAUGGCAAAUGAUCCUUCGGAGUACAAUGACUUGACAGUGCAAAUUGAUUCCUCACUUGUAUUUAUUGAAUGCAGUAUUAAGCAGCCCCAUUUUGGCCACAUUUAAAAAGGAUGUAUAUAUUGGUUUUAUAUAUAUAUAUAUAUAUAUAUAUAUAUAAUUAUCAGUCUGACCUUGUACUGCGAGCUGAGAGGACAGCUUUCUGUGCAGAUUUUUUUUCUUUCUCUUUUCAGUCAUAAAACCAAGACAGCCAAGUUAGCGGACUGUCCAGAGUUUGCUCUUUAAUCCGGGGGUUGUGCAUGAGCCAGUAGAUCGCGUUCACUCUCAUUUAGCGUAGCGACAUCCUCAAUAGGAACUCCUCGUGUAGUGGGAUAUCGUUUCAGAAUAGUCAGGGUACAGCAGCGUCUUCAAUGAGCCACAUUCUCAAUGUGGUGUUAAGUUACAGCAAGGUGAACAGAAGACUGACAUCCAACAAUUUAAAUCUAUUCAUUGUAUAUAACCAUGUAGUUUGAGGUCUGGAUUUUUUUCACAGUAGAAUUUACUCACAGUAUCUACAUCCUUUGUCACCAUAUGCAAACUUUCUGUUGUUUUCUUUCUUGCUGGCCUUUUUCAGUUUGAUUAUUUGUUGUAGAAAUGGAAAAAAAACAACUUAAAAAUAAUGCCUAUUCAAUCCAGAAACUGUGAAUGGGAGAGUGGAGAUGUCAACUGUAUGUACAUUAUAUGUUUUGAUGUAAUCAGAAGCACUGGGAAUAUGUUGUACUUCGCUGUAAAAAAUAAAUCCAUAUCUGAUAUAGCUGUACUUUUGUUGAAAAUAAAACCUCUACCAGAA